AUAUAUGUAUGGCCACGUCCCGUGCGUCAUCUCAUCAGAGGGUGUAAAGAUGUAUCUAUGCAUGCCACACUGUAAUGUCAUUCUUAUGCGAGUCUCAGAUAAAGCAAUUUGACAUGUUACGGAAGUAGAUUGCUGGUAUUUAAAAUCCAUUGCAAAAUAUUUGACGUUGCAUUGACGGUAAGAUGUAUAUGGCAUACAAUUCUUUAUACUCCAUCGUCCAUCUGACAGAUAAGAUAAGGCAGGGUGAUCUGAAAGUUGAGUGUACAUACACACGAGUGUACAUACAUACUGGUUCGUAAAGAUGAGCUGUGACUGGCAGACCAGCAAGCAGAAAAUCUCAGAGCGCGGCCAGUACUUGUUGGAGACAGGACAAUGGUCCGAUUGCAAAUUUAUCGUCGGACAGGAACCGCAACAGCAGACUCUCAAGGGCCACAAAUUGUUCCUGGCAAUGUCUAGUCCAGUCUUUGAAGCUAUGUUCUUCGGUGGCAUGGCAGAGAAGAAUGAUCCAAUACCGAUAAAGGAUGUUCAACCUGAAGCAUUUAAGGCACUGUUGGAAUAUAUAUAUACGGAUAAAGUAGAGCUGGGCUCUUUCGAAUUGGCUUGCGAGUUAUGUUAUUGUGCCAAGAAGUACAUGCUGCCAUGCUUAGUAGAGGAAUGCACAAAGUAUCUGUGGUCAGAUCUCUCGCCGAAAAAGGCGUGCAGAGCAUACGAGUUUGCUCAGCUGUUUGAAGAACCUGUAUUGAUGGACAAGUGUUUACAGAUCAUACGCACAAAGACGGAUGAAGUAUUAAAGGAAUCUAGUUGGGAGGAGGUAGAGCUAGGAACGCUUCUCAAGGUCUUGGAACAAGACAAUUUGCAGGUCAAUUCGGAGAUUGAAUUGUUUACUGGAGUGGAACGAUGGGCUAAGGCAGAAUGUUCUAGAAAAUCUCUUGAUCCGAUCAAUGGAAAAUGUUUAAAGUCUGUUAUUGGAAACGCCCUUUCAAAGAUAAGAUUCUUGAGUUUGUCUCCGCAAGAUUUUGCAGAGGGUCCUGGUAUGUCUCCUCUGCUCACAAAAGACGAGGCUUUUGCUAUACUAAUGAAUAUAUUAUGUACUGGCAACAAAACACCUAUGCCUGAAGGUUUCUGCACUAAUUCAUGUACCAGAGUAAGGCUAGUGACGACUCAAACUAUAAUUUCUCCUAUUUUUUCUUCUUUGAAGAAACCAUUUUUACCUACAUAUGGUCCAUUAAAUAUUCCUAUGCGCAAUGGCUUUAUAUUAAAUGAUGGGGAAUCUAGCAGUAGUGCAAUGCGAGAAACUUCACCAGUUUUGGGAGAGAGGCACGAGCAAGGCAUGAAUAAGGAUUCUGGAAAUUUAUCAAAUUUCACCUCCACGGGGGUGGUCGUACGCGAGGGACCAAAAUAUUAUUGCCUCAGAACAAUUGUUCAACAAACAGAUUGCUUGAAUACAAACGUACUGGAUUGUUCCGUCACAUUCAGUGUGGAUAAAAAUAUUUGUGUAGUGGGUGUACAGGUGCCUACGCAAAUAGCCUCGGCGAGCAGUUUUACUCACGCUAUACAUGGUGAUACGUCUUACACCGAAAUCUUGUACGCUCAUCUUCUCGACUGCGAUGGCACACGUUUGACGUACACGCAUUUCACUACUAAAGCGAAUUUUGGUACUCUCGUGGAAAUUACUUUUAAUCGACCAGUUUAUAUUCAGAAGCAUAAGGUUUACCGAGUUGGAGUGGUAUUUAAUAAGGCUGGAUGGUAUCCAGUAGGGGUUUGUGCCCAAAACAUGUCCUGUGAUUCUGUAUUUUUCUCAUUUGGAGUGGGAAAUAGUGCACAUGCAAUUCGUGAUGGUCUUGUUCGGUCUAUAGUUUUCACGUAUCAUUAGCAUCUUCGAGAACAUUGGAUGACAAGAAAUUAUGCAAUGUACUUUUGGACUUAAAAAAAAGAAUCUACUCGUAUGUUGUAGAGCAGCAGAAAGCAUAA